AAUCGAUUAGGUCUAACUUUAGCAGCGUAAAAAAUGGCAAAAUAACGGAACGGCCGGAAAAGAGAGGUCCAUUGAACAGAUGACGUGUUACAGCGGGUCCUUGCUUCUUCCGGGUCCGUGUAAACAGUGUGCGGUCCUGCCAUACAAAUCAGAAAAAUGUCGAAAGUAACGUUUAAAAUCACGCUGACGUCGGACCCUCGGUUACCAUAUAAAGUAUUAAGUGUGCCUGAGAGCACGCCGUUUACGGCAGUUUUGAAAUUUGCAGCAGAAGAGUUUAAAGUGCCAGCAGCCACCAGUGCCAUCAUUACAAACGAUGGCAUCGGAAUCAACCCGGCGCAGACAGCAGGAAACGUGUUCCUGAAACACGGCUCUGAGCUGCGAAUCAUUCCCAGAGAUCGGGUCGGAGGAGGUAGCCAACCUAGGAUGUGACUAUCCAGUGCUAUUCUGUCACAGAAUGUUAUUGUCCGGCCCUGAGGUGUCAGCUCUCACGGGUACUGCUGCGGCUCUAGAUCUGUCGGAGGACCUCACAAAUCUCACCGAACUGCCGUCACAGCCCCUUUCUGAAAGAUACACACUCGAAAGAUGCUAGUAUUUGUCGUUGAUUUUCCACAAAAUAUUCCGGCACUUUAAGAUCCCACACUUAAUAUGUUCGUAAAGUAUAGUUUUCUGUCCACUUAAAGUCCAAUUGAAUGUUUAAAAACUGUUAAAAAAUUCUUUUUUUUUUUUAGAAAGGCAAAUAAAUGGAAAACGCCAUAUCAUAUUUUUGCUUUUUUUCUUCAUAAUUAGUUUCAUUAAUGGUUGUUUUAAGCUCUGUUCUAUACAGUAGCUGUUUUUGCAGCAGAUAAUGAGUCAGUGGGAUGAAACUCUUACAGUUGCGUAGCUAAACAAAACUAUACAACGGUAUGAUUAAAGAAACUCUAAAAUAAAAAAAAAAUGCAUUUCAUACUAUACGUAAUAUAUAAAAAAAAAAAAAAUUACAAAAUAACUUUUCUCAUAGCUGUAAUGAAAUGUUACAUAAACCAAUUUGAUGUCUUAAAAGUCACUUUUUGUAACUUUCCUGGUCACUGAAGUCUGCUUGCCUUUUCAUUAAGGCUUUAAAUCAUGGCUUGACUUGAAUAGUACAUCUGGCUAAUGAAUGACAGGCUCUACCUUUGCUUUUACGCCCUCCACUUACCCUCCUUCCCUUACAUUACUGCCAGGCAGAGGAGGAGGAGAAGGGUCUGACUAUUCAGUGUGAUAAUGGAUCUUUCAUUUGUUUUAAUAAAAGAGCAGGCAUGCUGUGCCCUUUCCAUGCCACUCAUUACUGGGAAAAGGGGAGAAGUGCAUUAUAAAUACAGCCUACAUUAUUCAAACGCAGACAUGUUACUCUGGAUCACAUUUGAAAAGGCAUCGCUUGCCUCCAGCCUCAUUUGGCAGGAAAUGAUGCGGUUUGUUCAUUAGCCGUGGAAGAAAUUGUGCUUUUACGGAAGUGGAAGAGCUCGCCAUUGUGACGAAUGUCAAAUUUAGAAGUAAAAAAAAAAAGUUACAAAUACACUUGUAGUAUUCUUUUCAUGAACAUUAAAGAAAGCAUCGAAUACC